UAUUUAAAAGUAUGAACAGCAGGCUGUCAGAGUAGUCUAUGUAAAGAACCUGUGCACGAUAAGCGAGCGAGGAGGUUCUUUCUCCUACAUUGUUGAAUCAGAACAAGUAGCAGUAGUAUCUGUUGAAAUAAACCUACUCGCUGCUGGUGAAUUAAGUGGAAAGGACUGUUCUGUCGUCAACAAGUGGAGUAGUAGACUUCCUCAGUUCUCAGACAUGAGUGGUGACUUUUAUUUAUUCAUUUUUGUUUUAUUCUUUUGAAUUUGGCUGGAUCACCUCUUUUUUCUCUUUGUUUUUGAACGAAUAUAAAAAUUGACGCAAUUCCACUUGGGUCUACUGAAGUUUCUUGGUACGGGACGAAAGAUGUUUUUUCUAAGUAGAAAUUGUUGAACUCACACAGACUUUCAAUUACAGUCGUUUAAACGCUACAAUUGUUGAUAUAAAUGAAAAAGAAAGUUAAUGAAGUCAGUUUAACACCUCAAGUCCAGCAAUAUAAAUUUACAUGUAAACUAUACAUGAUUAUAGUUAUUCCAACAAACAUAAUUACACACACACCGAAACGUACAUAAACAUAUACUUUCAUUUUUACGGAUAUUUUAACACCAAUUUUAAACAUAGACUCUGAUACAUAAGUAGGUAAAACAUUUGUCCAUCAAUAUAUUCAUCUUUUAAUACAUCUAUAUUUCAUUAAAACCCUUAAAGUAAUUUAUCCAUCCAUCCGUCUGCCCAUCCAUUCAUCCAUCCAUACAUAAUGUACGUUACAGUUAUGUAUUCUUACGAAGUUUCAUACUUCUUAUGAAUUUCCAUAUCUCUUCCCGUAACAGUAUCUUAGGAACAUUCUACUUACCGACCGGGCCUAGAAGUGGAUUAAUUUCUUUUGUGAAAAUUUUAUUUUAUUACAAUCCUUUGUAAUUACUGCUUAAAAAUACAUUUCGAUAGUAUUAUAAAAGAAGACAAAAGGUAAAUAAAUAAACACUUUCCAUAGAAGAAUGGAGAAUCAUCGGGAACCAAUCUACCGAACAGAUCCGAAUGUGGAACUUGAGGAUCAAUUACGGAAAUUAGCUUUCGUGCGACAUCCGAGUACCCAGAGCGAAGGCGAUGUUUUCAGUCCGGUAGGUUCAACGUUCCAACCCAAUCGGUAUAAACGCACCGAAAGUAUCACCUACGAUGAAAUGAGCGAAGAAGAAAUUGUCAAGUCACUUUCCACUCAUUAUAAAGGUAUUUUGAGUAACCUGGGAGAAAAUCCUCACAGACAAGGACUAUUGCGGACCCCAGAGAGAGCAGCUAAAGCUAUUAUGUUCUUUACAAAGGGCUAUAAAGAAAACAUUGAAGAUAUAUUAAAUGAUGCAGUUUUUGAUGAAGAUCAUGAUGAGAUGGUUAUUGUUAAAGAUAUAGAAAUGUUCUCCCUCUGUGAACAUCAUUUGGUACCUUUUAUGGGAAAAGUAUCCAUUGGUUAUUUGCCAAAUAGAAGGAUUUUAGGAUUAAGUAAAUUAGCAAGAAUAGUGGAAAUAUUUUGCAGGAGAUUACAAGUACAGGAGCGCUUAACUAAACAGAUUGCUGUGGCCAUAACUGAAGCCGUUCAACCAAGAGGAGUCGGUGUUGUUAUUGAAGCUACGCACAUGUGUAUGGUCAUGCGAGGGGUCCAGAAACUCAACAGCAAGACAGUUACAAGUACUAUGUUAGGUGUAUUACGAGAGGAUCCUAAAUCUCGUGAGGAAUUUCUUACACUUGUGAAUAAUAGGUAGUACCUAUCGAAAAUCCGGACUCUUGAAAGAAAAGUUUUGUUUUGUCGACUUCAAUCGAUGAAAAAUUCAUCUAAAUUUGGAACAAUAACGAAAUAUAACUAUAUAAAGAAUUUCAUAAGAGCAUCAACAUUGUGAUAGCCUUUAUUGCACUCAGUCAAGCAACCAGCCAUAGAAAGUGUAUAAAACAUAACUGUGAUGACGAGAAUGUCUCAGUAAUGCUUAGAAAUUUAACUAAAAGUUCUUGAAACAGGAGAGAAAUGUCUAUGAAUAAAAGGAAAACUCUAACAGAGAUGUGUCGCAGAAGGGAAAGUGUCCAAAUUAAUAAUUUAACAAGUUUGUAAUCAACGAUAUGAAGAACAGGACAAAAUGAAAUUAAGAAGCAAAAUCAUUAUGUUACAAUCUAUAUAAUUUAUGUAUAUAUACAUUCACAUACGUGCAUCUAAUUAAACAUAUAUGUACACACAAAUGUAUUAACACUUGUGCGUUUGCACAUGCACCUAUAUUCGUAUGCACACACACACACACACAUACACACACACAUAUAUAUAUAUACAUACAUAUAUAUACACACACAUACACAUAUAUACAUAUAAAUAAAUAUAUAUAUAUAUAUACGAGGGGAAGUCAAAACUUAUCCGCACGAAAAAUGGCGUGAUCAGACUCAAACUUCGGUCACGUGACCACAAUAGUAACAACUAUAAACACGCAUGCGCAUAAGACAGUGUGACAAUAACAAAGAUAUGCUAUGGCGAAAGUGUGGAUAAUUUUUGAGUUCUCUUCGUAUAUAUUUAAAUAUACGUAUAUAUAUAUGUGUAUAUAUAUAUAUAUAUAUAUAUAUAUAUAUAUGU